AUGUUGAUACGACCGGCGGCUCGACGGAGCCUCCCCCUGGCUUUCCCCAGGGAGAACAGCUUGACGCGACAUCAGCUACCCUCGAGAUGCCCUUCGUUCCAAGCGACUCGGAGGUUACUCGUCACACGAUCAGAGGCGCGGCCACGGCAGAGGACGAGUGCACUCGCCGGUCAUGGUCCUUUACACGAGAGAUCUCUGGCCACCGCCAUGGACGAGACCCUGUACCCAUAUUCGUCAACGCUGCCGCCGAUGGUUCCCCCUCGAUCCUUCGACAUACGAUACUUCGACCCGUCGGCUCCUCUACUGAUUAAAUACAAACAAGAUCCGCUUCCUCGGACGAGAAUGACGCCCAACGCUGUCCCUGGUGACGUCGAGGCAGCCCUCUCCGUCUUCGAUGCUUGCUUGCAAGUCGACCAGCUCGAGAGGGCAGCGAUAGUCCUCAAAAGACUGGAGGCUCUGCAGCAUGGGUUGCUGCCAGAUGACAUGCUUACCCUUCACAACCGUUAUCUGCGCGCCAACAUCGAUAGAUUCAUCGGUCAACCCAGCAUCAAAUGGGCCGACUCAAUGCAGAGAUGGUACGAAUGUCGCAUCCGAGGCCCGCGCCUUCCCGAAACGACUGAGACCAUCGCUUGCAUGUUGAAGAUCGCAUUGUUAUCUACCAACGAAUCCGACAGGCUGGAGCGCCUCGUGCAUCGAUACAUGGAGAUGGUGCCUGAUGCUGGCACCGAGAUGCUUCAACAGUACAUGAACGUCAUAUUGACGCCUCAAGAUGUCUCCAAAAUCACCGAGUUUUGCCCCGAGUACAAGAUUACCUUUGAUGAAUCUGAAGCCGUCGAUUGUCAGCCACUGGAGAGCACCGAUGAAUCCCUACUCGAGUCUGCGACCAAUACCACAGCUUUGCCAGACAUGCCCGAGGUCAGGGCCGUCAACCAGAAGGGCUUUGGUCUUAAUACCCUGCGCAGCGUUCUGUCUUUUUUUUCCGAACUUCAGGGUCAAGAUCUUUCGAAACUGUCUCUAUCCGAACGCCGCGAAUUCCAGUCCCAGCUCGAACGUGACUGUGUAGAUGCGGCAAUACGUCGUUGGAGGGAGGAGAACGAAGCACUGAAGAAGAUCGGCAAGAAUGCGGCGAUUUCUGCUCCUGCUCUGAAUGCUCAGCUUUAUGAGUGGCAUUGCACCUUGGAGACCAAAAUCAAGGAAGAGUUCGACCUCUUCGAGGAAUCGGAAGAGCGAACUUCCAAGACGGCAGAGGAUCAGGACCGAUGCCUUGUGGCCCCGUUCAUGAGGCAGAGUAAGCCUGACCGGCUUGCCGCUGUUACCGUCAUGAGUGUGCUGAACACUCUGACACAACACGGCGUGGAUAAUGGCGUCGCCCUGUCGACCUGCCUCAACUACUUGGCACGGGCAGUGGAGGAGGACGUGAAGACCCAAGCCAGAGAUGAGGAAUCUGCCGCGCGCAAGGCCGCAUGGAAAACCCGCACUCGUCAGGCCAUGGAGACGCCAUCAAGCUCCGUCACUCCUCCUGACGCGAUUCUUUCUGAGGCAAGCAGCAACGUGGUUGAAGUUACGCAAUUUGACCCAAAGACCUGGCCUGUUCUGAUCAGGACUAAAAUUGGCGCUACGCUUCUAUCCGCGUUCAUAGACACAGCCAAGGUUGUGGUAGGCCGCGAGCACCCCGACACCCAAGAACACAUCACGCAAGUUCAGCCUGCGUUCGCCCAUACCAAUGUGACCAAGAAAGGCAAGAAAAUCGGAAUGAUUAUGCCGAACAAGUACUUGGUAGACCUCAUCAAAACCGAGCCCCGUGCGGAUUUCCUGGCGCGACAUUUGCCCAUGCUUGUAGUGCCACAACCCUGGACCAAAUUCGACAAAGGGGGAUUCAUCGAGUUUCCUGCUAGUCUUGUCCGAAUCAAGAACGGAGAGAAGGACCAGAAGAUAUACACCGAGGCGGCUGUGGGCAGGGGCGACAUGGAGCAAGUCAGCAAAGGGCUCGACGUACUUGGGCGAACUGCGUGGAGGAUCAACCAGCCUGUGUUUCAGGUUCUGCUCGAGGCCUGGAACACCGGGGAGGAGAUAGCAAAUAUUCCGCCUGCAAACCCCAGCCUCACCAUCCCCGCAGAGCCGGAGUCCUGCGGAGAUCCAACCGAACGACGGCAGUGGCUUAAAGAGGUCAAAGCCAUCGAGAACGAGAAGUCGGGCCUCCAUUCGGAGAGGUGUUUCAUGAAUUUCCAACUUGAGAUUGGGCGAGCAUUCAAGGACCAGGUCUUCUACUUUCCUCACAACAUGGACUUCCGGGGCCGCGCCUAUCCAAUUCCAACCUAUCUCAACCACAUGGGCGCCGACCAUGCACGUGCGAUUCUUAUAUUCGCAAAGGGUAAGGAGCUCGGUGAGAGCGGUCUUCGGUGGCUGAAGGUGCAUUUGGCCAAUGUGUUCGGAUAUGACAAGGCCAGCCUGAAGGAAAGAGAGGCUUUCACCAUGAACAACCUUGACAACAUAUUCGACUCAACCGACAAUCCGCUGCACGGCAAACGGUGGUGGUUAACAGCAGAAGAUCCUUGGCAGUGCUUAGCAGCCUGCUUUGAGGUGAAGGCAGCAUUGCAAUCACCGGACCCGACAAAGUACGUAUCGCACUUGCCCGUUCACCAAGACGGGACCUGUAAUGGUCUCCAACAUUAUGCCGCGCUCGGAGGUGAUCUAUGGGGCGCCCAGCAAGUCAACCUGGAACCUGGAGACCGCCCUGCAGAUGUGUAUUCGGCCGUCGCGGAGCUGGUUAAGGAAAGCGUUGCAGCGGAUCUCAAAGAGGACAGUUUUCUCGCCAAAGCGGUAGAUGGCAAGAUCAGCCGCAAGGUGGUUAAGCAAACUGUCAUGACCAAUGUGUACGGAGUUACGUUCAUCGGAGCUCGCGCACAAGUUCAGAAGCAGCUUGACGCUGCGUAUCCCCAUAUUAUGGAGGAGACCGGUAUUCCGUCACGACUGCUUGCUCAAUAUGUUGCCGGCAAGAUCUUUAAAGCUCUCGGUACCAUGUUUCGUGGCGCCCAUGACAUCCAAUACUGGCUCGGUGAAUGUGCAGGCCGGGUUUGCCGGGCGCUGACGGCAGAGCAGCUCGAACAAAUAAAUAGCUCUGCCGAUCUACAGGAAAGGAAGACCGGAAAGAGAUCCCGCACCCAGCUGAGCGGGCCCAAGGAGUCCAAGGAGCCCAAAGAGACAGCCCAGCAGAGAAGGAAGAAAGCCAUGGACCAAGUCAAUGCCCAGUUUAGGUCGACCAUUGUGUGGACGACACCACUCCGCAUGCCGGUCGUGCAGCCGUAUCGCCAGGCAGCCAUCCGUCAAAUACAGACUUGUUUGCAAGAGUUGAACCUUAGGGUUCCCGACCGAUUCGAUCCUGUAGACAGGAGAAAGCAGUUGCAAGCGUUCCCCCCGAACUUCAUCCACUCUCUAGAUGCCAGUCACAUGCUUUUGUCAGCGCUUGAAUGCAGCGACCUGGGGUUAGACUUUGCCGCUGUACAUGACUCUUUCUGGACCCACGCAGCCGACAUCGAUGUCAUGAAUCGAGUCCUGCGUGACUCUUUUAUUCGCAUACACAAGGAAGACGUCAUCAAACGGUUAGCGACCGAGUUCGAGGCGCGACACAAAGGCUCGUACUACCUAGCUAAACUGGAGUCCGGAGGUGAGCUUGAAAACAUCCUGCAACAAUACCGGAAGAAGUCCAAACAAAACAUGAAAGACGAGUUGGUACAGGAGACAGAAAGGCUGCGACUUUUGAAAUCACAAGAUCCAAAAGAGGUGCAGAGGGGACGAGAGAUGGAAACUCCUACCACCAUUGCCCAGGCCUAUGCUGGAUCCCAUAGUGCUUCUGGUGAUAUCGACGAAGAUAUGGCCGAGAUAGGUCUAGGGCAUAUUCCUUCUUCCGAAGCAAUCGCCAUGGCGGAUGCGGCAUCCAACCACGACGGCGACGAGGAAACAUACGAAACAGAACCCAAGCCAAAGCGUAAAGCAGCAAAGUCCAAAGCCUUGCCGCCAAAUUCCGAUAUCCCUGACGAGGCCGCGCACGUCAGAGAGCUUAUGGGUAUGACGGCCUUUGAAUCACUCAUGAAGGGGAAAAAAGCUACGGUUCCGACAGGUGCGAGGGCGAGCUAUGUUUGGCUCCCCCUAACUUUCCCAGAGCUACCGAAAAAGGGUGACUGGGAUGUUACGAGGCUGAAGGACAGCCAAUAUUUCUUCUCAUAA